ACUGUUUGAAAGCUCAGGCAGACAAGCCUAAAAAUGUAACUUAGAAAAACUAUCCUAACAGCAAACAGAGCGGUGUGUGAUGAGGUGCUGCAGACAAACAUCAAGAAUAUCAAAUACUGGAGACAAAUUGACCAGUUCUAAUUUAGGGCUGCCCUUGACUAAAGAUUUUUAUAGUCGACGACUUGUAGUCAUUCAUUUAAACCACUAGUUGACUAAUCACACGUUUAUAUUAAUUUAAACGUAUACUUGGGGUGGGGUAUAAUUUCAUACAGAUUACAUAAUCAGAGAGUAUUUCUUUUCGAUUUGUAUUGGUUAGUUUAAAAAUAGACAUUCCAAGCUAUAGAUAUAUUUCUCAUGUCUGUGAGGCAAGAAGCUUAAUACUAUCGGUUCAUUUUUGUGACGCGCUUCAGCUUCCACACUCUUCCACUACUAAUAGCACAUACUCAUCUUGGUUAACAUUAGAGCCACUUUACAAAAGUAAAGUUGCUACUACUUGCAUGUUGCAAAUAAGCUAGCCUAUAUUUGAGGUUGGUGAAUUAUCGGCAAACGUUAGGAUUUCCUGCCCGAUUUACUGUAAUUGUAACCACAAGGACCCACUGUUAAUGAUCUGUCCCUCAUGGGCUGUGAGACUUUGCCACUUCCUGCAUAGUUUUUUUUUUUUCCCUGUGACUAACUGACUAAUACAUUUGGGGUUUGACUAAGCUUCUUCUCAUCAACUAACGUUUAGUCGACUAUUGAGGGGGAAUGUAGUCCAUAUGGCUAGUGCGAAAUUAAAGUUUUUCACUGAAAAUCCUGCCCUAAAUUUGUGGUCACUCACCAUUCACUAUCUUUGUACAGAUAUUUCACUAUAUAGAAGAAAGUCAUACAGUAAAUGGCUGUAAACUGCAAACAGACUGUCAUUUUAUCAUUUACUUUAAGACUUUGGCAUACAGUGGUUUGUGUUUUCUGAAAAUGCAAGGCCAGAGUCCACCGUUUCCCAUCUUAUCUCUUAUCACUCUCUCAUAUUGUAGCAGGGCAGAUAAACUAGAAAGCCAAGAUGAUUUCUAUUCACAAAAACAGAAACUCAGAGGCAUACUCGGCACACGACGUCUUUUCUGGUAAACUUGCUUUAUUCUAGUUUUACCAGUUGAGUUGCAUGGGCACAGUAGGCUUUGUGGGUUAACCGAGGUACAUAAGCAUGUUUAGGGAUUACGCAGUCAUGCACCACUUGAUCUGACUGUCUUUUUAAACAAACAGGUAUAGGUGUUUAGUUGAGAGUAGGAAUUAGCUAGUGUUUUAUUUGUUUCUUUUCACUUAAUGGACAAUGGACACAUAUUUUGUGGACAUCUUGCGUUCUCGCCUGCUUCAUGGUGGUGGGGAAGGCUCUCUGGACAGGCUCCUCCCCUCUGUCAACACCAGCCUGUCUCCACGGAAACGAACCACCAGCCAAUGCAAAUCGGAGCCUCCACUGCUGCGGACCAGUAAGAGGACUAUCUACACAGCCGGACGCCCACCGUGGUACAAUGAACACGGGACCCAGUCCAAAGAAGCUUUUGUUAUUGGGCUUUGUGGAGGCAGUGCCUCAGGCAAAACAACAGUUGCUCGUAAAAUUAUCGAGGCUUUGGAUGUUCCUUGGGUCGUUCUUCUGUCAAUGGACUCAUUCUACAAGGUUCUGACGGCCGAACAGCAGCUGCUGGCUGCUAAUAAUGAUUACAACUUUGACCAUCCAGACGCCUUUGAUUUCAGCCUGCUGGUUCACACUCUCCGCAAACUCAAGCAGGGCAAGAGCGUGAAGAUCCCGGUGUAUGACUUCACCACGCACGGACGGCAGAAAGAAUGGAAAACGGUGUAUGGGGCCAGUGUGAUUAUAUUUGAGGGCAUCAUGUCAUUUGCAGAUAAAGAGCUGCUGAAGCUGCUGGACAUGAAGAUCUUUGUGGACACAGAUUCUGACAUCCGGCUGGUACGGAGGCUCAGGAGGGACAUCACAGAGCGAGGCCGGGACAUUGAUGGAGUGAUCAAACAAUACAACAAGUUUGUGAAGCCAGCCUUUGAACAAUACAUCGAGCCCACGAUGAGACUGGCAGAUAUUGUGGUGCCACGUGGUGGCGGCAACAUGGUGGCCAUUGAUCUUAUAGUGCAGCAUGUACACAGUCAGCUGGAGGAGAGAAAGCUCCGCUGGGAUAUGGCGGCACUAGCGUCAGCCCAUCAGGCGCAGCCCCUUCCACAGACUCUCAGUGUUCUGGAGAGCACACCGCAGGUCCGCGGCAUGCACACCAUCAUCAGAAAUAAAGAGACCAGUCGAGACGAGUUCAUCUUCUACUCCAAGAGGUUAAUGCGGCUCCUCAUCGAGAGAGCGCUGUCCUUCCUUCCAUCUCAGGUCCACAUUGUUCAGACCCCACAAGGAGAGGAUUAUGAGGGCAGAACCUUCCAUGGGAAGAGGAUUACGGGCGUGUCAAUUCUCAGGGCGGGAGAGACCAUGGAGCCCGCGCUUAGAGCCGUGUGCAAAGACGUCCGCAUUGGCAAAAUCCUCAUCCAGACCAAUCAGGACACAGGAGAGCCUGAGCUGCACUACUUGCGUCUACCCAAAGACAUCGGCGCAGAUCAUGUGAUCCUGAUGGACUGCACUGUGUCCACAGGGGCGGCAGCCAUGAUGGCCAUCAGAGUGUUGCUGGAUCAUGACGUUCAGGAGGAGAAGAUCCUGCUGGUGUCUCUGCUCAUGGCUGAGAUGGGUGUUCAUUCCGUGGCCUACGCCUUCCCUCAGGUCAAAAUCAUCACCACCGCCGUCGACAAGAAGGUCAAUGACCUCUUCCACAUCAUCCCUGGCAUAGGAAAUUUUGGGGAUCGUUAUUUUGGCACGGAUGCACCUCCAGACUGGAGUGACGACGACAUGGAUGAGCCCAGCUACUGAGACGCCCUCCUCACCCGCUGGACGCUUCUGUAACGUACUGAAGAUCACAUCACGCUGACGCCGGGCUGAUAAUCAUGUCUGAUAUCUGUACAUUAUAAAAUAUUUUUAUACUUUUUUGCACUGCCCAAACUGAAAUGUUUUAUGUAAGGUUUUUAUUUGUGAAGGUUUUAUUUAUGAAGGUUAUUAUAGUUGUUUUUAUGUAAGUUAUUUCCUGUGGUUUAAAGUGUGUAGAGUUUAAUUCUGAAGCACAUGCUGUUGUUUUAUUGCCUUACAUGUGUUUGCUGACACUUUUGCAAUCUGUUUUAGUAUUUUCGGCAUGUGAAGUCUCAUCAGCAAACACAAUAUGUCUGGUUGUCAUGGGAUACAGCAUGUCACUUUUACUCAGUUGCAGCAGUCAAGCUUUCUGAGAGUAAAAUAAGACUGCCUUGCUACACUUAGACGGUGAAUUUCUUUGAAGGACCACUUCGUCGGAAAAAAUGUGUGGGCGUAGCUUUGUUUUAAUCUUUGCUUUCUGUCUCGCUUUACCUGCAGACGGCUGCUGACCAAACCACAGGCUCUUAACAAUUACACUUUCACAACAGACAACUGAAUUCUAUAAUAUGGCUCGGGCUUUAAAACUUUUGACAUUUUUAUAAAAUUUUGCACAAUUUCUGUUGGUUUGACAGUUAGUUUAGGUAUAAGAUGUAAAGGUCUGUUCAUGGGUUGGAGUUGCAGGGCUCAAUCUAUCAAACACAUAAGCAUGAACGAACAAUCGGCAGUUGUUGAUUUUUAGGUCAUUUAAAGUUUUAUUUUAGAGGUUUAUAAAACGGCACGCAUGCUGUGUUAAGAAUGACCUACAUGUUUCUUUCAUCUGUCCAUCGAGUCUAUAGCUGCCUUUACCAUAUAUGGCUCGGAUCUGCUCGAUGUUCGCUGUCUUGUCAAAAACGCAUACCACGUACAAGAGAAACUAGCCCACAGGAAGCGUUGGUGUUUGGCCUAAAAUUUAGGUUUAAUUGUGUUUGGUUUAAUCGUUUUACCCCACUGAGCACUUUGAGAAAAUACCUAGCCUGAAGAAAUUAUUUCAUCAAAGAAAUAUGAUGGGAUUGUGUGUGUGUUGAUUGUAUGAUUUACUCUGACUUGUAAUUUAUAUUUGAAGUUUACCAAAAAAAAAAAAAAAAAAAGUAAUUAUUGGGUUGAAAAAUACUAAACUUUAAAGACGAACAAUAUUGUAUUAAUAUUAAAGCACUGAGAUCUGCAGUGAUAAUGUCAAGGCUUAGUGAAUGUAUACUGUGACUUUUGUCCCACAACAGGAAUAAAAGUCUAUGAUUUAUUUAUGUCAUUGCUUUGUCAUUGCACACUUUCUGAAAUACUUGAUUUUGAUUGGUCAGUCAGAUAUUUAUGUGUAAUAACUGUAACCGUACAUCUCUUGAAUCCACAAUCUGUUUCACCUCGCAUAAUAAAAUCAAUUUCAACUCAA